AAAUCCAGGUAGAAGGAAGCUUAAAACCCAACUCCACCGGUGGAAACAUUCCCGAGCUGGAGCAACAAUGUCGUUGAUGCAACAGUUAGGGCGCACCAAGAAUGUGGCGAAGAGGUCGACGAAGAAGUACUUGGAAGGACCGCUUUACGCCUGGCUUUUCAAACAAGGCAGCUCCGAGGUUAGUGUUCGCCAGCAGCUGAAUCAGUUCCUCAAGAGCUCCAAGCGCGUCUACAAAUGGGAAGUUGGCCAAACUCUCAAAAAGCUUCGAGAUCACAAGCUAUACCAUCCUGCUUUCAAGGUCCAUUUACGUUGCAUAAAUUGUUUACAUGGGUUGAUUUUGGUUAUGGGUUUAUCAAGGGUUUUGUGAUUGCAGUAUUGUGUUGAAUUGCAUUUAGAUUUGUAAGGUUUUUAGGGUUAAUGUCAUUUAGUCGAUCACAUAGUCAAUAUCAAUUCUAUUCUAGGUAGUGGGAUGCACUCUGUAGAAUCUUUACCUUUGGUAUCGAGUUUAGGUUACUCUAAUUGUUCAUUUCUUUCAAUGAGUCUAAUUUUAAUCUUUAAAACAGUUCUGAAAUAUUUGAGCCAUUCUGAAAUGAGUUUAUGAGCCUUAAUUAAGUAUCAAGUUUGUCUCUUUUUAUGAGUAGAAGCUGGAUUUCGGAUGGUAUUUUGAUGUGUGAAUAGACAUUCAGAGUGAUUCAAUUGAGAUAUAGCCGGACUUUAGAUUUUGUUAGUCUUUGAUCUGCUAUCUUCUGCCUUGGUUCCCUUUUUCUUUUAAAUUUGUAAAACAGUGGCUUCUUUAUGCAUUUGGCUUUGAUGGGUCUGUGUUAGCUAUUUUAUUAGUUGAAUUUAGUAUUUAACAUUGUGCAAAAACUGAAGCCUUCCUAAUUCUUUACUUAAUUAUAAACUGACUUGGGUUGAGCACAAUGCUGUCUGUUUGAAGUUAGUACAAUGGCCCCAUAUAUAUGUCAAGCAUUUAUGUUUGUUGUUUUAGUUAGUUCUUCUUGAAACUGGAGGAUGCAUUUCACUGUAUUUUAGUUUGCAGCUGUCAGAAAAUAUGA